AAUCUAAAGCUAAAGUUUGGAUUUUGAUUUUAAACAACAUGACCUCUUAGACUUUGCCUUCGCGUUAUUAAACAUGCUGUAUUUAUUUACAAAUGUUGCCUUGUAUUUCUUUUUUACUAUUAUAUGGUAUUACACUUUUGUCUUUAUUUCAUUGACCAAAAAGGUCAUUUUAUUAUGUGUUCGUUUUCUUUUGAUUAUUUCUAAGUUCGUAGAGCAUGUUACUGGUGCAAGAGCUGAAGAGAAGCCAUCUCAAGAUAGUCAAGUUGCAACUACUAGCAAAGACAAAAAGCAAGAGAAAAACAAGACAAGACAACGUACCAGAAAAGUUAAUGAGGAGCCGACUUUUAGUACAAAACUAGCAACUAUUGAAGACAUAAUUGAAGAAACUUUAAACGAAGAAAAAAGUGACACCCAAAGUAACUCAGGAAAAAUUACUACAAAAUCAAAAAGGAAAAGAAAAUCCCAAAAAAAAGAUUUACUUCAGUUGAAGUCGGAUGAAGAAGAAGAUAUUACCGAUUUUGUGUUUGUGAAAGGAUCAAAUAAAAAUCAAAAGUCGCAGUCUUCCACACACACAGCAAUAAAAACUGAAACUGAAACCGUUGAGAACAAUUUUGAUGACUCAUUGUUCCAAGUAAAAGAAAAGAGCAAAAAAAAUAAAAAUAAAAAUUCUGAAGAAGCUUUGAACGCAGUUAUAGCCCAAGGAAUUUUCAGGAAAAAAGAAAAAUAUAGACCAUCUAUUAUAGAACAUUAUAAGAAUUAUCAAUCUUUUGAAACACAAAUACAAACAAAACAAGAACUUAAAGAAAGCAAAAAAGUAUCGUCAACAAUUUCCUAUGCUAGCAUAGUUACAAACACUGUACCUGAAGAUCCUACAUUUGAAGAAACUUCUAUUAGUAGUGAAUUAGAUGCUUCUUCAGAGCAGAAAUUAGAAAAAGAAGUUUCCAGUUCAGUUGAAGUUUCAAGUGGAUGUUCUGCUCACUCUGAAGAACCUGAAAAAUUGUGUCAAGAGGUACAUGAAGAGGCAACAAGCAGCUCUAGCUUGGAAGAAACUGUUGUGAACAGUGUCAUCGAAAAACAAUCAAUAAUUCCAGAACAUAAUUUCAACGAUAGAGAAGGAUUUACUGAUCAAUUGAAUAAUGAAGCUUUAAAUGAGAAAGACGAAUCUGUCAGAGAAGAUACUGAAGCUGUAUUUGAAAUUAGAGGAAUAACAGUUAAGGAUUUUAUUGAAAAGGCAACUGGACAUAAAGGAAUAGAGAAGUUUGAAGAAAAUAUUAUUAAAUCAGAAUCUAAUUUGAAAACUGAAGAAUUGAAUAAAAUAAUUAGUGAAGAAUAUACCACUAGAGAGAUUCAGCUAAAUGCUCUUGAAUCAAAUUUUGUACAGCAGAAUAAUUGUGUCUCUAUCACAAAUCAUAUAGAAACUGAAGAAUUUAUUUCUACUGAAAUUCAACAAGAAUUAUCUAGUCAUCCUGAAACUAAAAUAGUUGCUUCAGUGAAUCAAACAAGUCAGAAAAAAAUUUCUUUAGAAAUUAUUGAAGAUAUUAUUGCCAGGCAAACUCAAGAAGAAGAAGCUGACGAGCUUUCAAGUCAAAUAGUUGAGGAAAUUUUGCCUAUACGAGAGGCAAAUCACAUUGAUUACGAUAAUUCAAUUGAAUUUGUUGAACAUUUUAUUACAAGUGAAACUCAACAAAAACCAUAUCAAGAUUCUCUAAAUUUGGAUACUAAAAAAUCCAUUUCCGUUGAUAGAAUAAGUCCAACUGAGAAUAUUGAAUCUUUCCAAUUAGACAAACAAGAAGGCGAAGAUAUGACUCAAAUAAGGGUUCUGACACUCAACAAUAAAGAGCACAACGAAUCUACAAUUUACAGAAUUGAAAAAAAAUUUAUACUCCAGUUCAGAUUGGGUCCAUCUUUGCUUGGUAGAAAGAUAAAAUUGUAUUGCAACUAUCCUAAAGACAACUCGGAAUUUGAAAGAGGUUGCUAUCAGUUGCUUAAUUGGUGCCAAGAUGAUGGAUGUAAAAAUGCUGAUGACACUGCUUUGUCUGUUCAGAUAGUUGCUAAUAUUGCUGGCAGUUUCCAUUAUUAUUUUAUUUAUGAAGAUGACAGCAAUGAAGACAGACAAGGCUCUGGCUACUUUAUUGUUGAUCCCUUAUUAAAAUAUGGAUCAAAUGAGGUUUUGCCACUAGACUCUAUCCAAUGUCAAACAGUUUUAGCCAAGCAUUUGGGACAGUUUUCAAGCUGGGAAAAUAAAUUACGUGUUGCCAAAGAAUCUGGAUAUAAUGUGGUUCACUUUACACCAAUUCAGGAAUUGGGAGCUUCAAAAUCAUGUUACAGCUUAAGUGAACAACUUAAACUGAAUCCUAUGUUUAACGAAGCGAAUGGAAAGAAACCAACAUUUGAUGAAGUUGAGAAACUGACUACAAAAAUGAGGAAAGAAUGGAAGGUACUUUCAGUCUGUGAUAUUGUUCUGAACCACACAGCAAAUGAAAGUGAAUGGAUAAGAGAACACCCAGAAGCUACAUAUAAUUGUUUGAAUUGCCCCUAUAUGCGUCCAGCUUACCUUUUAGAUGCUGCAUUGCAUCAGUUUUCUAUGGAUGUCAAAAAAGGACUUUACGAAGAUAGGGGUAUCCCACCCGAAGUAUCUACAGAAGACCACCUUAACGCAAUUCGCUACCAUUUUAGAAUAAGCGUCCUAGACCCACUAAAACUCCAAGAACUUAUAAUUGUAGAUGUCAAUAAAAACAUAGAAGAAUUUUUAACUCUUGCCAGAAAAACUCAACCAAUCAACGACAAUGAAAGAGAGUCUUUGCCUGAUAUCGAAAUCAUUCAAGAUCCAGAAUAUAGACGGCUUAAAAGUACUAUCGAUUGGACUUUGGCUUUGAAAAAAUACAACUUAUAUAGGCUGGACUGUUUUGAUGAGGAAGCAAGAGUAAGAAGGUGUGCUGAAGAUUUCAAAAAUAAGCUUGAUUCUCUAAAUGAAAUAUUAAUUCGAGAACUUGGAAGAGAUUUGGAUGCGGCCAUGGACAAUGUUAUUGCUGGAAUUAAAUAUUUUAGAGUACAAGGUGAUGGACCGAAAGUUAGAGAAAUAACUAUUAGUAAUCCUUUGGUUUAUAGAUAUUUCACUGAUUUUGGUACUCCAAAGUUGCUAAUUGAACAUGAAGAAAUCAUGUAUAGUGAAAAUGGCAGAUUUCUUAUGGCACAUAAUGGUUGGGUAAUGAAUUCUGAUCCUUUAAAGAAUUUUGCUGAUGCUGGUACAAAGAUCUAUAUUCGCAGAGAACUAAUAGCCUGGGGUGAUAGUGUCAAAUUACGUUUUGGCAACGUACCCGAAGAUUCCCCAUUCCUUUGGGAUCAUAUGAGAAAGUAUGUUGAGCAAACUGUAAAAAUUUUUGAUGGUGUUCGUCUGGACAAUUGCCAUUCAACCCCGAUUCCUGUUGCCGAAUAUCUUCUGGAUUGUGCUAGAAGAGUUAGACCUGAUUUAUAUGUGGUUGCCGAGUUGUUUACAAACUCUGAUUUAACAGAUAAUAUAUUUGUUAACAGGUUGGGUAUAACUUCACUUAUCCGUGAAGCCAUGUCAGCCUGGGACUCUCACGAAGAAGGUCGCUUAGUUUACCGUUACGGAGGCGUUCCAGUGGGAUCUUUUUACCAACCCAAUGUGAGGCCUUUGGUUCCUAUGGUUGCCCACGCUUUAUUCCUUGAUUUGACUCAUGACAACCCAAGUCCAAUUGAAAAAAGAUCUGUUUUUGACUUACUACCAAGUACAGCCCUUGUCAACAUGGCCUGUUGUGCUAGUGGAUCUAACCGCGGCUAUGACGAAUUAGUCCCUCAUCACAUCCAUGUUGUAGAUGAAACCAGACAGUAUACAGAAUGGACCGAAAAUGAAUCAUCACUUUCUGGAAAUGCACAAUACAUUAACAAUAAAACAGGAAUUAUAGCUGCAAAAAGAGCUUUGAACGAUUUGCACUUUAAAUUAGGCAAAGAGGGAUACAAUCAAGUGUAUGUGGACCAAAUGGACCCUGAUAUUGUUGCUGUAACACGUCACAACCCUGAAACUCAUGUAAGCUAUGUUUUGGUAGCUUUUACAGCUUUUGGGCAUCCUGAUAUCAAUGCAGGGAACUACCAGAGGGCUAUCAAGCCGCUUAGAGUUGAAGGAGUAUUAGAUGAAAUUGUUUUGGAAGCGUCUUUAAGCUACAUUGAUGAAAAAUCCCGAUUUGCCAAAUUUGAAAAGUUCACUCAAGAUUCUAAAUGGAUCAACGGUCUGACAAACUAUAAGGUUUCUAUCAAAGAAAAUAUUCAAGUAAAUCAAUCCGAUAUAUUCGAGGAAGCAAAUUCUGGAAGUUCCAACAUCAUCCAGCUCAACUUCAAAAAUUUCAAACCUGGAAUGAUUGCAGUAGUGAAGGUUUCAUUGCCAGAAGAUAUGAAAAUAUCUAUAACAAAGAUUAGAGGCUUGAUUAACAGCCUUUCGAUUAAGAAAAGUACAGAAUUGAAACAAAUUGUUGAUAAAAUGACGUUGGCAGACUUGAAUAGGGCUUUGUAUAGGUGUGAUCAAGAGGAGAGAGAUGAAGGUAACGGAUUCGAAGCCUAUAAUAUUCCAAACUUUGGACCAAUGGUUUAUUGCGGUCUACAAGGAUUAAUGUCUUUUCUGGCAAAUAUCAGACCUAGCAAUGACUUGGGUCAUCCUUUCUGUACUAACUUAAGAGAUGGCAAUUGGAUGAUUGAAUAUAUUUGGAAAAGAUUGAAAGUUGACCCUGGAACCAAAGAAUUCGGACAAUGGAUUGAAGAGAACACAAAAUGUUUGCACAACAUCCCAAGAUAUUUGAUACCAUGCUAUUUUGAUGUUAUCGUUACUGGGAUCUAUAUUGCUUUAUUAGAACAGAGCUACAGCCUAAUGUCUAACUUUGUUAAGAAUGGAUCUACAUUUGUCAAAGGCCUAUCUUUGGGUUCAUUGCAAUUCGGAGCCUACAUUAGAUCAGCUAAUCUACCAGUUUUGUCUCCAAAUUUGGCACCACCUAAACCACCAACAAGAAAAAAUGAAAAUGGAGAAAUUGUACAGGCUUGUGUUACCCUAUCAGCAGGUUUGCCUCACUUUUCUGUUUGUUACAUGAGAAAUUGGGGCCGCGACACAUUUAUCGCACUAAGAGGCCUGUUCAUUUUAACUGGUAGAUUUGAGGAAGCCAGACAACAUAUUUUAGGAUAUGCUGCUUGUUUAAGACAUGGUUUGAUUCCUAACCUGUUAGAUGGUGGCAGAAAUUCAAGGUUCAACUGCCGUGACGCUGUCUGGUGGUGGCUAUAUUGUAUUAAAUCUUAUUGCCAAGAAGCUCCUAAUGGAAUUGCCAUUCUAUCUGACUUGGUAUCACGAAUUUUCCCUACAGAUGAUGCUAGUCCCCAAGCUCCAGGGGCAGUCGAUCAACCACUAUGUGAUGUGAUACAAGAAGCUCUAAAGAUUCACUUCCAAGGACUAAAAUUCCGUGAACGCAAUGCAGGUAGGCAAAUUGACGAGCAGAUGACUGAUGCUGGUUUCAAUAAUCAAAUUGGUAUUCAUCCAGAAACGGGAUUUGUUUUUGGCGGAAAUCAAUGGAACUGUGGUACUUGGAUGGAUAAAAUGGGAUCAUCAGAUAAAGCAGGCAAUAAAGGAAAACCGGCAACGCCACGUGAUGGGUCUGCUGUAGAACUUGUUGGCCUCACCAAAGCAGCUGUAACUUGGUUAUGGAAAUUGAAUAAAGAGGGUAAAUAUCCCUACGAGGGCGUAGAACGAACGCACAAAAGUGGCGCUGUAACAAAGUGGACCUUCAAAGAAUGGGCUGAGAAAAUUCAGGCUAACUUUGAGAAGAAAUUCUUUGUCGGACUAAAACCUUCAGCCGACGAAGUCAGGCCCGAUCUAGUCAAUAAAAAGAAUAUGUACAAAGAUUGCUUUGGUGCGUCACAAUCUUGGACUGAUUACCAGCUCAGAUGCAAUUUCCCCAUUGCUAUGGUAGCGGCUCCAGAAAUGUUUGAUCCUCAACACGCCUGGGCAGCCCUAGAACAAGCUGAGAAAUAUCUUUUGGGUCCAUUGGGAAUGAAAACUCUGGAUCCGGAGGACUGGAAUUACAGGGGCGAUUACGAUAAUUCAAACGACUCUGACAAUUUUAACUUGUCAAAUGGAUUCAAUUACCACCAAGGACCUGAAUGGGUCUGGCCGAUAGGUUUUUUCCUUAGAGCCAAACUUAUAUUUGCAGCACAAAACGGUAUGUUAAGGGAGACCCUGGCCAGCACAAAAGUGAUUCUUUCCAAGCACUUUACUGAGUUACAAACAUCUCCUUGGCGCGGUUUACCUGAAUUAACUAACAGUAAUGGAGCAUACUGUAAGGAUAGCUCUCGAACGCAGGCUUGGAGUAUGUCUUGUGUGUUAGAGGUUCUCUAUGACCUACAACAGAUUGAAUCGAAACAAAUCAUAGUGAACUGACUUAGCGGAAAUUUAGUUUUUAAGCAAAAUGAGGUAAAAAAAUCGCACAUUUUUGAUACUAGUAACAAAUCGAUCUCUCCGCUCUUAUCAAAAAUCCUUCGACGCCAGAAAAUUUACGCCGAAAAUAAUUUCUCUCUUAAAUCCAUGGAUACCAAAGACUGCCAAAUAAACUCGACAUCCUCACUGGUUAUCAAAGAUGUGUUUUUUAGUUAUAGUGAUUUGUAUAUUAAAGAUAAUUGCAAAAUGUUGCAUAGCUGUGAGACUAGUUUAGAUUCAUUCAAUCAAACUGAUACAUGCUUAUUAAUUCAAAAAAAUGAUAACUUUAUGAAUAAUUUUAUGCCUUUUUAUAAAAUAUUUUCAACAAUGCCCUCUGAAGGAGUGUUACUAGAUUUAUCAAAAAAUCCCAACAACUUUCUAAAGUCACAAAUAGCUAGUGCUGCGAAUUACUCUCCUAUAUCCAAAUCUGUUAAUUAUCAUUUUAUUUAUCCAUACCAUAAAAAACGUUACAUGUCAUAUUAUUCUAGAAAUAGUUGUUUUGAAAUUAGAAAACAUAGAGCUGCUUUAGAUUUAGAUGAAAUCGUUCCAGUUGUGGAAGAAAAUUUACCACAAAAUUUGCCGAUUUCAAGAGCUAGAUACGCUAGCGACGAAGAUAUUUUGAUCUUGGAUCCUUUAUUAUUAGAAAUUAUGCCCAGAAAAAGAGCUAAGCCAUUAUUGACCGAAUCGGAGCAUAACAAGAUCGCUAGAAUUACCAUAACGUAUAUUUUGGCUUUUUUUGCACUGGUUUUAACUACAUAUUUUAUUAUAUAUUUAGCAUAAAUUUUGUUUGUUUGUGUAUUUAUUUUUUGUAUCAAUUGUUUAUAAAAAUAUGUAUGUGUGUUAAAAUAUUACUUCCGAAUAUAAGGAUGUGUGAAGUGCAUAUAUUUUUUUGAGAUUAUUUUAAAUCAAAUUUGUUGAUAUUUAUUGAAUGCAGAAAUCAUUAAAAUUAAUCAUGAAACAUGU